AUAGAGUGGGAGAGAGGGAAGCCGAGCAGAACGCUCGCUGGAAUCUUCGUAUCUCUCUCUUCCGAACGCCAGCAGACGAAACAGUGGAUGAAGGGAGAGCAGAGAGGAAACAGUUCCAAUACUUCUCUCUCCAGAGUCCAGAUUAGAAAUCCCGCAUCAUCACAUAAUUAGUAGCCCUCCCCGUGCUUCUCUCGCCGAUUUAUCCUCGGAUUCUUCUCGUUCUUGGAGAUUCCCGUCUCGCCUUCUGCUCUCGGAUCGCCGCACUAGAGUUUCCGUGAGGUGUAGCCUUCAGAUCCGCCAUCGUCGUAUUCUCCUGCCGGGUUGAUUCCUGGAUCCGUGUUUCUGGAGUUCUUUUCUUGAUUUUAUUAGUUCGGCUGUGGAACUCGUUUCUUGUUGCUUUGGAUCCGGGAAAUCGGAAUCUAGGGUGCAGUUUCUUGAUUUCGAGGGGUUUUUGAACGGUUUGGGAGAAAGACUUGAGGAGUUACAAGAUUCGGUGCGGUUCUAGUGGAUCUUUGAGGGGUUACUGGGAUUUACUAAGGGUUUCGUUUUCGGGAGAGGAUUUAUUCGCGGAUUCGAAUGACGGUUGAGUCAAUGCAGGUCGCGAGCCUCUCCUUUGAAAGGAUUUUGCGGUUCCUUUAAACUGGAAGAUUUUCCGGGUCCUUUGAACUGAAAGCUUCUGAUGAGAGCCUUGUUUGGAUCUUUGCUGCACUCUAGGACCCCUCAGUGAUACUGAUAUUUUUCGUCUUUUCAAGUCUGAGAUCUCGAAAAUGUCAGUCUGCCACGCAGAAGGAUUUGAAGGAUCGGUUAGUUGUGAUGAGAGAAAGGAGAGGAGAUCAGAUGUGGAGAUCUCGGAAGACGAAAGAAGGAGAACAAAGAUCGGGUCUCUGAAGAAGAAGGCUUUGAAUGCUUCCACUAAGUUUACUCAUUCUCUUAAGAAAAGAGGGAAACGGAAAGUCUAUUUCAGGGUGCCUUCUGUUGCUAUCGAGGACAUAAGGGAUGCUGAAGAGGAGCGCGCAGUCUAUGCUUUCCGGCAAGAGCUUGUUGCCAAGGAUUUAUUGCCUGAUAAACAUGAUGACUAUCACACAUUGCUCAGGUUUCUCAAGGCUAGGAAAUUUGACUUUGAGAAAACGACCCAUAUGUGGGCUGAGAUGCUUAGAUGGAGAAAAGAGUUUGGAGCAGACAACAUUUUGGAGGGUAUUAUGGUUCAUUUCGAUCUGUCCUCUCUGAAUGGUCUUUGAGGAUGUAUAUCUCUUUAGAGGAUUUUGCCUUUGAAGAACUGGAGGAAGUCCUGUGCUAUUAUCCCCAAGGAUACCAUGGAGUGGACAGGCAGGGAAGACCUGUAUAUAUUGAGAGGCUCGGAAAAGUUGAGCCGAACAAGCUUACUCACAUUACCACCGUCGAGCGCUACAUAAAAUAUCACGUACAGGAAUUUGAGAAGGCCCUGCAUGAGAAAUUUCCUGCUUGCUCAAUUGCUGCCAAAAGACACAUUGAUUCGACAACUACAAUACUGGAUGUGCAUGGUGUGGGAUUGAAGAAUUUCAGCAAGACAGCAAGAGACCUCUUGCACAAUAUGCAGAAAAUAGAUGGUGAUUACUAUCCUGAGACACUACAUCAAAUGUUCAUUGUAAAUGCUGGUCAUGGUUUCAAGCUGCUUUGGAACACUGUAAAGGGAUUUCUUGACCCCAAAACUACAGCAAAGAUACAUGUACUGGGGAGCAAAUAUCAGAGCAGGCUUCUUGAAGCUAUUGAUGCAAGCCAACUGCCAGACUUCCUGGGUGGCUCAUGCACAUGCUGUGAUGAAGGUGGAUGUCUUAGAUCUAAUAAAGGACCAUGGAAUGACCCUGUCAUUAUGAAGCUUGUACAUUGUGUUGAAGCAGCAUUUGUGAGGGAAAUUAGGCGAGUAUCUGAUGGAGAACAAAGAAAUGCUCCCUGUCCUAGGCUACGUCCACUGAAGGGAAGAUGUAGUGACACAUCAACAGCUGAAUCAGGAUCAGAUGUUGAUGAUCUUGGUUCUCCUGUUAUAUCCAGAACUGCUGAAUACACUCGAUUGGCUCCAGUUCAAGAGGAAUUCAGGGCGACAGAUUCUACAUCUUACUACAAUUGCAAUCGUGACUUCAAGAUGAUUGAUAAAGCUGUAGACUGCAGAAGGGGAGCAGGAUCUGCUUGUAAUGCAUCUAAAGAACACAAGGAUCAUGGGUGUACCUUUGCCAAUGGAACAUCACAUUCACUAGGUAACUUGGGCACUGAUCUGUGCAAACACACCAAGGAAGAUUCAGAGGAAGGAAAUAUAAGAUAUCUUGCAAGAGCACUAGUCGCAUUUUUGGUUAAACUGCUACCCUUCUUUCGUUUCUUUGGUUGUAGACAAGAAAGGAGGUUGGAGAACAUUCAUCCAUCAGAUGCAUUGGUCCUUACUCCAGAUAACCAUCCGAGUGUGGAAGCUGUCAAGGAAGACCAUGUCAGUCCUUGUUUAGAACGCCUUCAGAGGCUCGAGUUGAUGUGCAAUGAACUCAGUAGCAAGCCUGCAGAGAUUCCACAGGAAAAAGACCGUGCACUCCUUGAUUCUUGGGACAGGAUAAAGUCCAUUGAGUUUGACCUUGGGAAGACGAAGAAGGUAUUGCAGGCCACAGUGGUGAAGCAAAUGGAGAUUGCAGAAAUGUUAGAAGCUGUACAGGAGUCCAAUCUCAGGAGAAGGAAGUUUUGUUAAAACCUAAAGAGAGAGUGGCUGUACAUGGUUGAGAAGCGUAGCUUUGGCGUCAGAUUAGCAUUGAAAGAAUACUUCCUGCUAUACAGUUUUCUUUCUUUCUUUCUUUCUUUCUUUUGGUCCGUGAUGAGAUUUGUCACGUUUACGAACUGUUAUGAGCGUGCUACAUGCAGCAUCAUGGAAAAGCCGAGAUGGUGGAUGAGGGAAAAAGGAAAAACAAAAAGGAAAGUUAAUAUAUAGUUUUUCUUUGUUUUGUUAUGAAAUGGCGUCUCUCGCUCUACCUCUAAACCUGAGCCCUUGUCCACCAGUUCUAGUGUGGCUUCAUGGGUUGUUAGGGAUCUAGUUUUGGAGUUUGCUCCACCAUCCAGAUAUUUGUCCUUUGAGCGGCCUCAUCGAAUUUUAUCAUUCUUAAAGGUUUAUGAGGCUUUAAGCUGCUGCACAGGAGAUGACGCCAAAGCAUCUGGAGCCUGGGGCGGGCAUCAUUUGAACGGGAAUAAAAGAAGUCUGUCUCAAGUGGGACCAAAUUCGAUCAUGGUCGUUCACUAUUUUGUUAAUAAUUCCAUCUCAUCAAUUGCAGAAGAAAACAUUCGGACUGCAUCACAUAAAAACCAAGGUACCUACCUUGGGAUCUAUAUGUUUUGGAGAAUGGAUAAAUAGAGUAGUUCCUUUUUUUUUUUUUUAAAUUGACUCGGAGAGGACAAGUAUUUAGCUGGAUCCUAAGGAAGGUGUAACGGGAGUGAAUUAUUGAUUACUUGCAAGGAUUAUCUGCAUUGCAAUCUUGA